CAAGUGAUGGGAGAGAGAUUUAAGCGAAAGAGAUAGGAACAGAGAGAAAAAAACAGCUUCAAGCGAGAGACCUAUCUGAGUCGACUCGGAACGAGUUGAUUAUUUUCUUCUCUACUGGAUUCGCUUUCGAGCUCCUUGUCUCCGUUGGCCAUUUCAUCUAGCUCAUUAUUCCGAUCAUCGGUUUUUUCUUGCCGACUCCUCUGCAUUUACCUCCCUCGCCGGCGCGUCAUUAUUGGUUGUCGUCGAGUCUGAUUGUUAAUGUUCCUUUCAUCUGGGCUUUAACUAUGGAAGCUCGUCGUGGAGUGUAGUAAUUCAUUAUUUAGUUCGAGGAUUGGUUUGGUUGAUGGUCCCUUGCACUGCUGAAAGAAUUAUUUGAUUCAACUUCUGGUUUUGGAUUUAGUCACCUGUCCCGGGGAAAGAAAGGAAUAAACUAUAUUCUGCAGCCAUCUUCGACUGUUAGUCGCAAAGGCUGUGCUUUUUCCUGACUUGAUCGCUACACUCAUGUCACGUAAGCUUGACAGUCCUGUUCAGACACAAAUGGCAGUGGCACUUGUGAAGAGCCCCCUGACCGGGGAAUUCCGUGAGUUUAACAAGAUAGGAAUGAAGUCACCUGUGGGUCGUAGGCGGGUUUUUGUACAGACAGAGACUGGUUGUGUACUCGGGUUGGAGUUGGAUCGUAGUGAUAACGCGCAUACAGUGAAAAGGAAGUUGCAGGUUGCCCUUAAUUUCCCCACUGAGGAAAGCUCAUUGACCUUUGGGGAUUUGGUGCUUAAAAAUGAUCUUACGGCUGUCAGGAAUGAUUCUCCUCUCCUUCUUACUCGGAACAAUUUCCAUAGGAGUUCAUCGACUCCAUGCCUUUCCCCAAUGAAAGGUGAUCUUCAGCAGCAUAGAGAUGAGAGCAGUUCUAUUGAAAUUCUUGGGAACUCGGUUUGUUCCUCGUUUGUAAGGCAAAUGGCUAAGGAUAUUACAAAAGCAUUGAAGAGGGGUAUUGAUCCAGUUGCCGUCCAUAGUGGGCUUGGAGGGGCGUACUACUUUAAGAACAGCCGUGGUGAGAGUGUUGCGAUUGUUAAACCAACUGAUGAAGAGCCUUUCGCUCCAAAUAACCCAAAAGGUUUUGUCGGUAAGGCGCUUGGACAACCUGGGUUGAAACGUUCUGUGCGGGUUGGGGAAACAGGCUACAGAGAAGUCGCGGCUUAUCUCCUUGACAAGGAUAGUUUUGCAAAUGUUCCUCCCACGGCUCUUGUGAAGAUUACUCACUCGAUCUUUAACGUCAACGAUGGAGUGAAGGCGAGCAAGCAUAUGGAGAAGACGCUGGUGAGCAAGAUUGCUUCCUUGCAGCAGUUCAUACCUCAUGAUUAUGAUGCUAGCGAGCACGGAACAUCCAGCUUCCCUGUUUCAGCCGUACAUCGUAUAGGGAUUCUUGACAUCAGAAUCUUAAAUACAGACAGGCACUCAGGGAACCUUCUGGUUAGGAAGCUGGAUGGUGUUGGAAGGUUUGGCCAAGUGGAGCUAAUUCCAAUUGAUCACGGUCUUAGCUUACCCGAAACUCUGGAGGAUCCUUACUUUGAGUGGAUUCAUUGGCCACAGGCAUCGAUCCCAUUCACUGAAGACGAGCUGAAAUACAUAGCAAAUCUGGAUCCUUUUGAAGAUUGUGAGAUGCUGCGAAGGGAGCUUCCAAUGGUAAGAGAGGCCAGUCUCCGUGUACUAGUUCUCUGCACGAUUUUACUCAAGGAAGCAGCUGCUUAUGGCCUAUACUUGGCUGAAAUUGGGGAGAUGAUGACUCGAGAGGUUCGUCCUGGAGACGAGGAACCGAGUGAGAUUGAAGUGGUUUGUCUUGAGGCUAGGAGUUUGAUAGGACAGAAGGAAGCUGAGUCUCCAAGAUCAGACUUGGGCGGUGAUGUUGAGUUCCAGUUUGAUUUAGAUUGUGAGGAAGCAAUGCUCGACAAACCAGGAUUCCCACUCGGAUUCAAUCUUGGAAACGCUCGUAGUCAGUUGUCAAAGGUCGAAGAAACAAAAGAGGAAGAAGAUGAAGAAGAAGAAGAAGAAGAAGAGAAAGAGGAGGAAGAGAACGAGAGAGCUGAUCUAGAGAAAAUGCCGGCGAUUACGAAGAUUUCAAUGUCUCUCAAAAGCACUCUUCUUGGUGAGAAGAGCCAGAAGUAUCAAAAACACCCAGGAGUGAGAGCAGAGAGCGCAUAUGCAUCAUCUGGGCACAGGAGUGCAGAGGAACAGAUCCCAGCAAGCACGAGCUUUGUGAAGCUGUCGGAUAUGAGUGAAGAGGAGUGGACGAUUUUCCUGGAAAAAUAUCAAGAGCUGCUUUAUCCGGCAUUUGCGAAGCGCAAGUCGAUAACUUUAGGACAGAAUCUGAGGCAGAGGAUGGGGACUUCGUGUCAGUUUUAAGAUGUCAGAGGCUGAAAAAGAAGGAAGGAGAAGAAGAAUAAAGGAUCGUGUAGAGUCGUGUUUCUCAGGGCUUUGCUUAGACUGGACUGGUCGAAAAAAGAUGGUCAAGAAGAGAUGAGUGGUAUGGAUUUAGUGUAAAUAUUCGUUGAUUUCAGCUUUUAGUGUGGAGUAGGACUCGAGAGAUGAAGAGAAUUUAGUCGUGUUUCUUUCAAAUUUGUUUUCAUUUUUUUUUAACAUCUUAGACCCUCGGUCGUUUCUGCUGUCUCGUCUAAAAGCAUGUAUUACCCACUUUUGUUUAAUAAAUAACUUCUUGUAGAUUGAAAAAAGGGUAAAAAGAGAGCUUUGUUUCAAA